UUCUCUUGAACUAAUAGCAUUUCUUUCCCAUUUUAGCUUGUGAAAUUAUAAAUCUACCCCAGAGGACAACAGAAGUAGCUCAGGAAGAAUGGAAGGGGACCAGUUGGAAUCCUUGGACCUCUCUUCAGAAGCUUUGCAUGCUGAGGUGACCAUGGUGGUGACAGGAGAACCACCUAGUGCUAUAGAAGAAGAAGUAGAUGAUGAAGAAGAGGAAGAAACCUCCUCAGAAGUCAUAGAUUUACUGUCCCUUCUAGAUGUGCUGAGGGUCUCUGCCAUUAUGGAGGACAUCAUCGACCAGCUUUCCAUUCUAGGCUACAUCAUUCCAGUCCAAUAUGAAAGGAGGCAGAGUGUCAGCCAGAAAACCAGCCAUGAAGGAACAUCUAUGGUCUCAAGCACAAGGAAAUUAUCUGCUUCUUUGUCAAGUAAGGAAAAAUCCACAGUGUCAGAAAUCAAACAACGAGGCCAAGACUUCUUAAAGAAGCCUACAAGGCAGACAGUGAUGACCCUGGAGAUCCUGAAGAAAAUUCAGAAUGACAGGCAAUAUUUCAGUGAUGUGAUCGCAAAUGCCAUGAAGGAGAUGCAAGAGUCUGGCUCAUUCAAGAGUCUCCUGGAAGCCUUGGGCAGAGAAAGAGACAACAAAAUGAAUUUCCAUGAUGUCAUCACAAGGGAGGAAAAAGGAAGAAGACAGAUAAAAUCUCUUCAAAAACAGUUAGUUGAUGUAAAAAAGGAGCGUCAAAUGCAAGUACAGAAUGGGAAUGAAUACAUUGCUCACCUCAAGGACCAGUUACAAGAGAUGAAGGCCAAAACCAACAUGGAGAAUCUUUAUAUGAAAAGAAACACUGAGCUGCAGAUUUCCCAGACCCAGAAGAAAUGUAACAGAGCAGAGGAACUCUUGCUGGAGGAGAUUGAGAAACUAAGGAUGAAAACUGAAGAAGAGAACAGAGUUCACACGGAGAUCGAAAUGUUCCUUAAGAAAGAGCAGCAGAAACUUGAGGAGAAGCUAGAGUUCUGGAUGGAGAAAUUUGAUAAAGACACAGAAGCGAAACAGAAUGAAUUAAAUGCUCUCAAGGCUGCCAAAGCCUCUGACCUAUCACAUCUUCAAGACCUUGCAAAGAUGAUCCGGGAGUAUGAGCAAGUCAUUAUUGAGGACCGGUUGGAAAAGGAGAAGACCAGGAAGAAGAUGGAGCAGGACGACCUGGAGCUGAAGAGCAUCGUGAAGCUCCAGGCCUGGUGGCGAGGUACAGUGGUCCGGAAGGAAAUUGGAAGUUUCAAAAUGCCCAAGAAAGACAAAGAUGACAGUAAAGAUUCCAAAGGAAAGGAGAAGGAAAAACGGAGAGGCAAGAAGUGACAAGUACCCGUUGUUCUUUCCUCCGGUUUCAAGAGACACAAAUGAUGCUAUCACAACACUCACCUGUGGUUUGUCAUCCUUGAUGCCUAGGGAGUUCACUAGGUCUGUUACCCUAGUUUUCAGAUCCCAAAUGGGGGCUGUAGGGCCUCUUCACCAGAGUGUGGACUUGGGGGAAGAAGUGAUGAGUAGCUUCUUUCUCAUUAGAAAACAGUUCAUUGGCUUAUAGUGAUGCAUUAAAAACUCCUGUAAUAUUUCUGAUUCUGAUUUUAUACCAUAUGAUUAAAGUUAAAAACUGCUAGAAGCAAAA